AACUGGAAUAGGCGUGCCCAACUCCUUUAUCCCCCCUGUUUUCUCUAUUUGCUUUUAAAGCUUCCCAGGAGAGCGUGAGAGCAAUUCUCUGCUUGUCCAUGCAAGGACAGAAAAGCAGCAAGAGUGGAGAUUAUUUUUUAAGUGGACAGUGCAGGCAUAUUCCUUUGCUGUUGACUACAACUCGUCUUCUCCUCUGAACCAGAUCACAGUCAAGGUUUUCUUUUAAGAUAAGCCAUCCGAAGUGCCAUGACUACUACUGAACCCCCCCAAGGCUGUGGCAACAUACAAAAUGACUACUAUUUCCUCUGCGAUACCAAUGCUUAUUGGGGGAUUAUUCUGGAAGCUCUGGCAGCAGCUGGUGCAAUUGCCACAAUCAUCCUCAUUCUGGUGCUUUUAUGUUUUAUCAGUAAAGUCCAAGACAAUGCAAAACGCAGCCUGAUCCCAAUCCAGUUCCUCUUCCUCUUAGGCACUCUAGGAAUUUUUGGCCUCACAUUUGCUUUUAUCAUCAGGCUCAAUGAGCAAACUGCUCCCACUCGUUUCUUCCUUUUUGGGGUCCUCUUUGCCCUCUGCUUUUCCUGCCUUCUGGCUCAUGCCUUGGACCUUGUCAGGUUGGUGAGAGGAAGACGUCCAUUUUCAGCAUUAGGGUUGCUGAUUAUGGUCUUUGGUUUGACUAUUGUACAAGCAAUUAUAGCCAUACAGUAUGUAGUAGUCAAUAUCACAGCCUUGAAGAAACUACACAAUGUGAUGGAUCCGGAAAGCCGAAGAGACUUUGUUUUAAUUCUCAUCUAUGUAUUUUUCCUGAUGUUUCUCCUCUGCAUAGUUUCCAUGUUUGUGUUUUGUGGCUCAUACAAGAGGUGGAAGAGGCAUGGUUUCUACUUACUCCUCACAGCCUUGGUCUCCAUAGCCAUUUGGGUGGCAUGGAUUGCUAUCUUGAUGCAUGGCAUCAGUGAUUUAGGUGAGCCAUCAGAAUGGAAUGAUCCUCUCAUUGGGGUUACUCUGAUAGUAAAUGGCUGGGCUUUUCUGCUUCUGUAUGCAAUACCUGAACUCUGUGUCCUCACUGCUCCACGGAAGCCUGGAGACUACCCUCAGGAGAAUAAUACUUGCCAGCCAAAGGGCAUGAAAAAAACCUAUGGAGUAGAAAAUCAAGGUUAUGCUCAGGAAGACAACCCACAAGAAGAAAAUACUGGCUCAUAUGUCCCUUAUUCAACUCAUUUUCAACUGAAGAACCUUGAGCCUCAACAGGAGUUCACCAUUCCCCGCCCUAAAACACGGCCCAGUCCAUACCAAGGAUAUUCUGGAGGGAAAGAUAUCAAAAAAUAGCAUCACAAUAAAGAAAGAGAAGCAACGCUGAGUUGAUUGAAGUGUUGGUAUAGCAGUGCUUCAGUUUUGCAAAAUCAGGGACACUGCUCACAUUGUAGUGGAUGAAGGAAGAUUGUUUUCGUUUUCUUCUGUAUGUCUUCUGGCUCAGCACACUUAGCACUUUAUACCUCUGAAUUCAGUAAUAAACCUCUUUUGCUUUUUUUAAUAUGUCUUUUCCUCACACAAUUAUAACUACCCUCCCUCAAAUCUUUAUUAAUUGGGCCUUCACCCUUGAUCCACAUGUGGGGAUGAGAGGUUUGAAGUAGGAUUCUUCCUCUGUGUUUAUUGGUUCCCUAUGUAAUUUUGACUCCCUAUUCACAGGAGUUCCAAAUUAUUCUCUAUGUAUGGGGAAUUUAGAUUUCUCACCAUGAUAGUUGGGAAGCAGCAUAGCUGCCAUGGAAGGACAUUCUUCCCAUCAAUUAGAAUAGAGCUGGAAGGGACCUUGGAGGUCUUCUAGUCCAACCCCCUACUCAAGCAGGAGAUAUUGUAAUGAUCACAUAUGAACUGGUCAUGAAAAUGAUGAUGUCUCUGAGAUCUAUCAAGAUUUCUUUCUCCCAACUAUUUGUCUGAACUCAGUUUUCCUCAGCAGACAGAUUUCUCCCCAGUCCUAGGGGUUGCUGAACAUAGAAGCAGAGAGCUUGCUGUCCAUUACUAGUCUUUGAAUUAACUAUAUUUACCUAUUUAUUUUGCUUUCUAAAGCACUGAAAUUAGGAGGAUGAUCAUCAUGAUGUUUAAAAUACAAUUUCAUGACCUAUUUAUAAAAAAGGGGGUCUGAUAAGGCAGUCAUAAGAGGGGGAUAGCCUUUGGUUUAAGUCUGAUUUAUAGCUUUCCACAGUAUAUAGUAAUGGGAACUAUUCAUUUGCACUACCAUUCUUAGCCUAUAUUGCCUGGGAUGAAGGGAGAUGACACAUCUGGGAAGUAGUAGACUGGGGAAGCUGGCAACAAUGAAGUAGAUAAGCCAAGAUGGUAGAACUGGUGAAAUGGUUGCAAUGGAAGCAAUUAAUCCUGUAAUAUGCAAUUCCUGAGAAUAAGCCUUAUUAUAUAUAACCUUUGCCAAUAUGUAUAAGUAAAAUGUAUAUCAGAUACUCUAAGAACAGCAAAUAAUAAGAACCUUAAAAGUGAUUUAAAUUUUAGAGAGAAACAGAAGGAAAAAAACCUUGGUUGAAGUCAGUGACACAAAAAUCUCUUACAUUGCUUGAUUUUUAUAGGAGAUUCAGACAAGUGUUUACAUUUCCCCAUUGAAAUUAAUGGGAAACACAAGUAUAUGAUAUUCUGUAUUUUGUGGGAAAGCAGUCAGAGGGGGUUUGCUUAUAUGCUUUUGUCUGCCUUAUGUAAUAUUUAUUUAUAUAGUUCUUAUAUUACCUUGAAUAUAGGUAACAUAUAAUAAAUAUAUCUAUUGUAUGUGUUUGUA